AUGAAUAAUUAAUAAAAUAAUAAUCUCCAUCCUCUUUACAUAGAACAAUAAUAAUGGCUGUCUCAAUUUAAAUAACCUCUCCCUUAAAAUUAGUAGCAUUACCACAAUCAAUAUUAAUAACAUUCUUAUGGCACUCCUCAUUUCGCAUAACUUUAAAGUAUGGGGUUUUGUGAUCAUAAAAAAAAUUACAGAUUAUUAAAGAGGUACAAUUGGAAUGUUGAUCAAGUUGUCUAAUCAUUAAAUGAUUAAAAUGAAGGAAGAUAGCAAUUUAUCGAAUUGAAUAUCAUUUAAAUCAUAUCCAAUACAAAAAUAUUAUACAUAGAUUGUAAUAAUAUUAAGUAUGCAUGUCAUUAAUGGAAUAAAUUUAGAGGCUAACCGAAAAAAUAAAUAAAAAAGGUAUUAAAAAUCAUAUUGAUUUGGUUUUAAUUGAAUGAAUAAUAGCUAGAUGAAGUUCACUUAAUAUGGGAUGUUUAUAAAAUGAAUAAAAUUGAAAAAAUAAGAUAAAAAUUAUCUAAAUAUGAGCCCUUCAAAUAUUUUCAUGAAUUAAGGUAGUAGGACAAAAUAACAACAUUUAAAAUUCUAAAUAAUUAAAAAUUUAUCAAUUUUAGCAUUUAGUCAGCUUAUCCAGAAAUAGCAGAUGAUUUAAUAGUUAAAUUGUGUCUAGGUUAAAAUAAUAGCUAAACUACAGUUGUUACAAGUGAUAAAGGAUUGAGAACAAGACUCCAAGAGAUAGGAAUAACAAAAUUUAUAGGAAAUGGUAGAUGGUGGAAAUUGAAAGAAGAAUUGGUAUAAUAAGCAUAAUAGUAAUAGUUCUAGUAAUAAUAAUUGUUAUAGUAAUAGUAAUAAUAACAGUAAUAAUAAUAAUAGUAAUAACAAUAAUUAACAUAAUAAUAAUAAUAACAAUUAUAUUAAUAAUAUUAGUAAUAGCAAUAAUAAUAAUAAUAACAAUAAACAUUCAAUAAUGACUUUUUAGAAUGA